AUGUCUUCCUCGCUAACGAAAAGUAGCUUUGGCCAAGAACAAAUCCCCAUCGCUGCAAUUGCAGCCGUGAAGGGUGGAAGUCCAGGACAAGCUGCCACGAUUGCCGGCGCCGCCAUUAGUGAUCUGCUAGGUGCCGCAAAUGCCUGCGCAAAGCUCUCCCGCGCCGACCAAAUCAUCACCGAGCUUGGCACUGGCGCCGACUCAAUCGCCGCAGCUAUUGGCAUGGUGACCGCAGAGAAGAACUUCAACAACUUCGUCACGGAUAUCCCUACCAUCUGCGAUGAUCCCACGCUCCCGGCCUCUAAGCAGCUUCGCGGAAUCACCCCCUUGAUUGACCCUGGAGUUGGUGGAUCUGAUAUCGCCAAUGCUCUCUCUGCCUCCUCUGCCAAAGCGCCGCUUGAUGCCACUGGAAAGAGUAUCGCGGACCUCCUUACCGCUAAUGGCUUCACGAACUUCACGGGUCAAGCGGCUGAUGGCGCUGCGCCUGCGGCUGGCGGAAAUGCUGGCAAUGCGGCAUCAAGUGUUGUCUCGAGUGCUGUGGCUGCCUCGUCGAGUGCUGUUGUUGCCGACUGCGGCGCUGCCCCCGUCGCCGCAACCUCUACCGCCGCCGCCAUAUCCUCCGCCGUUGCAGUAUCCUCCGCGGCAGCCGCCACAUCCACAUCCGCCCCAGCAACCUCCAACGUCCAAAAAUCCACCAUCGCCGGCCUCGAUUUCGGCCUCUGCGUGCCAACCAUCAAAUUCGAAGGCGGGCUCGGCGGGCGCCCGGCGACUGAGUUCACCUUCCAGCUCAUCGACCCGCUCGCGGGCAAAGGGCAGGAAGAAGCCCUGAACCCGAACAUCAUCACCAACCGCGUGUGCGACCAGCUGACGAAUGUGUGCGAGGCGAACGCGGCGGCCAAGACGGCGUGCACGGCGGCCAAGGCGCAGAUUUUAGCGCUGGGGACCAGGGAUAAGAGCACGGCAGAUGCGUGGAAUACGGCGUUGGGGUUUGCGGGUACGGUGACGAAUCCGGAUGGGGGGCCGGCGAGCCCGGCAGUGAGUGCGAGUGCGGUGGCAGGGAGGAGGGGGGUUAGGUUUGAGGCGUAGAGGAAUGGAGAUGGCUU